AACCCAUCGGGAUAACAUUGGACUUCCGGAGCCACGACGACAGAGAAGAGUGACAGUUGAUUUGACCAAAAGGAAGCUCACGAGCCGUGACGUCUAUGUCUGCGCACCGGGCGGGAUAUCCGCAGUAGUAAGCUAACUAAUAACAUGGCGAAGACUUACGACUACUUGUUUAAACUACUUUUAAUCGGCGAUUCAGGCGUCGGAAAGACAUGCGUGUUAUUCAGAUUUUCAGAGGACGCCUUCAACUCAACGUUUAUCUCCACUAUAGGUAUUGACUUCAAGAUAAGAACAAUAGAAUUAGAUGGAAAGAAGAUCAAACUACAGAUAUGGGAUACAGCAGGGCAGGAGCGAUUCAGGACCAUCACAACAGCCUACUACAGAGGAGCCAUGGGCAUCAUGUUAGUGUAUGACAUUACCAAUGAGAAGUCUUUUGACAACAUCAAGAACUGGAUACGGAAUAUAGAAGAGCACGCUUCAGCAGAUGUGGAACGGAUGGUCCUGGGUAAUAAAUGUGAUGUCAAUGACAAGCGACAGGUGUCCAAAGACAGAGGAGAGAAGCUGGCACUGGAGUACGGUAUCAAAUUCAUGGAAACCAGUGCAAAGGCGAACAUCAAUGUGGAGAAUGCCUUCUUAACCCUUGCCAGAGACAUCAAAGCAAAAAUGGACAAGAAGCUGGAGGGCAACAACCCACAGGGCAGCAGUCAAGGAGUAAAGAUUACAGAGCAGCCCAAGAAGAGCAGUUUCUUCCGCUGCACGCUCCUGUGAGGAGGCGGGAGCAUUGGCAUCCACCAUCGCCUUAACUGUGUCCCCCACUGGACAGAACUGGACAGAGCACACUCUGAUUUCACUUUUAUCUUCCUUUGCUUGUCUUCCUCCUCCUCCUCGUCCUCCUCCUCUCUGAUUGUCGUGCUUAUCUAAUAGGAAAAACAAAACAGUUUAUCGCUCCCUUGGUUUACCAGUUUUCCCUUGACACCUCUGGAUCUAACCACUCUGGCCUCUGUUACAUGCUAAAUCUGAUCGCUUUUUUUUUGCUCGUUAAAUUGACAGUUUCAACUUGAUUCCUUAGAUUUUAUAGACAUUUAAAGGACUGCCUCUAGAAACGAUCAAAGCUUUACUGUUCACAAUAAUUUCUGAUGCCUAGCUGCUUUCUUUGAGUGUUGCUUGGUGAAGCCUUAUUUAUACGAUCGUCAUCACAAAAAGUAGCCAAAUUAUAUUCCCAGAAUAGGUUUGCCAGGGUGAUGAGAGUACAGUUUUGGCACGAUUAUAUGACAUUUGUGUACUGUCUGGAUGGCCUCAACUUUUAUACAUCCACGUAAGGUAAAUACAACAUGUAAAUAUACAUCAUUUAUUAUGAUAUCACAUAGAAACAGUACUGCCAGUGCAUUUUUACUCAUCAUAUCAACAUUUGGGUUUACAGUUCUUCUGUCCUCUUCUUCUUCAAGUGUCUCUGUUGAUUUGUUAGGCUGAAACAUUCCAUUCCUAUUGUGAACACUUUAAUGUGCAAUGUAACGUCUAUGUGGGACCCAGGUUUUGUCUUAAGUAUUCACAUGAUUGCAGUAAGACUGGGUUCAUGACAAAGUAUGCAUGUUUUAAGGGCAAACAGAUUCCUUUUGUAGUUGCUUACCUCAUCAAUUUAGGUAUCGUUAUUGUUGUGAGGUUGAUGGUUUUUUGAUGCACUUCACCUGGUGAACUAGCAAUACCUAAGUCCAACACCUGGAGGCGAUACAGUUACACAGCAGUGGCAGAGAAGGCAUCACAGUGAUGAUGAAAUAAUCGUUUUAUGCAUUCAUACUUCUUCCAGUUGUCAGUUCCAAUGGGGGAACAUGCACACGACUGUUUCCGGGGGCCUUGGAUAGGGGCUGUGCUGUAGCAGUAUUUAUGGAGUGAAACAAACACAUAGCACCAAAAUGACAAAGUGCCCUUUAAUGUUCUUAUUGAUAAUGCACUUUUCCUUUGUUCUUUCUGUAAAAAAGAAAAAAAAAUAGAAAAAAGUUCUUAACUUUUGUUGCCUGUUGCAAGUCUUAACUGAAAGCAAAGAAUAUUCAUGUACAAGUUUUCCAUGUACCCUGUCUGGGCUUUCUAAAAACAUCGGAGCACUGAAACUUAGUCUUUUUUAUUAGUAUAAUAAAAUAUACAGAAGGCCUAUGAUUUAGAGAUGUUUUUCAUCCCCCUUCCCAACAUUCCAGCAUUCCCAUUAAUUGAUUCAUCCUUUUUUUUUAUUCGCACUUUUUGUGCACUAGCAUCCCCAUCGAUGCUUUUGGGCACCUCAAGUGCAAUGAACCCCCCCACCCACCCCACACACCCCCCACACACCCCCCACACACACCCCACACACCCCACACACAUACUCGCCUAGUGUACCCCUCUGUUCAGAGGUCUCUGCAUACAUCCCCAUGUCUUGUUUGAGCCCAGUAUCAUUUGAACUAUGCAUUCUGGGUGCGUAGAAAACCUCAAUAAACUUUGCACAUUUCACCUCAUGAGCUUUAUUUGAGAUUAGAAAUGUGCAAAGCAUCCUUGCCGUUUUAUUUUCUGCUGUCACUCCAAAUUCUGUCAUAUUUGCUCUGUUGAGCUCUUCAGACGCAAGAAUAGGAAGUUAAGCGAAAGCUGAUUAAGGCAUCUCUGAUGUUUUCCAGUGAGAGCAAAUCAUAUCUAGUCAAGUUGAAGCAUUGUUGAAAUAAAUAAGUAACUGCUUAGAUGAUUAAAAUCACUGUUGUUAAUGUGGUUUGAUUUUGUGGCUCUCACAGAUUAAACCAGUUCAUGCCUUGAUAAGAAAUACAGGUUUUUAGACUGUGGCGUUUUGCUCAAAUUUGGUCUGUGAAAUAAGCUCAUUUCCUGUUUUGAUUGGAGUCAUUUGUAAUUCUUGCCAACUGUAAAUUUGUCAGAUCUGUGUUGACAAAUCGUCAGCAUUCUCUUACCUAAAUUUGAAUUUUGUCACUUUGAUUUCAUGGGGAAUAAAUUAAAUAAUGAAGCAAUUGUAAAUAAGAUCUUCAGUGAUUGUACUUCAUAAAGCUUAUUGGUCUACGUCUUUUGUAGAUAUGUGUACUUUUGAUGAUUUAUUAAAAAUGAGAUUCUUAAAAAA